AUGUCCUCAACAGCGGGUCAGUCCACGUCCGCGUCGGCCGGCACAUCCACCAACAGCGUGCUGGAGAAGCUCGGCCUGUUGCUCGUCGCCCUGGUCGUGCUCCGCCUCACCCGGGCCGCCAUGCGGUUCGCGUACCGGCACGUGUUCGGCCCGUCGGCCCUGUGCCGGGGCACCGUCGACUUCGUCAAGUGUGGCAAGUGGGCCGUUGUGACAGGCGCCACGGACGGGCUGGGCAAGGCGUACGCCCGGCAACUGGCGGGCCGCGGCAUGGACGUCGUGCUGGUCAGCCGGACGCAGGCCAAACUGGAGGCGACCGCCGAGGAGAUACGCGCCGAGUACCCGGGCCGCCGCGUCAAGUGUGUCCGGGCCGACUUCACUGACCCGGACACGACCGCGGUGUACGGCCACGUCGGCCGAGAGUUGCACGGGCUCGAGGUGGGCGUGCUGGUCAACAACGUCGGGCUGUCGUACCCGCACCCCGAGUACUUCCAAGCCGCCGAAGACCGGAGCGGGGACGCGGACGGUGGCAAGGCCGCCGCGUCCGCCGGAUGGGGACCUCAACUGUUCGACGACAUGGUCCGGUGCAACAUCACGUCCAUGGUCAACAUGUGCCGUCUGGUGAUGCCCGGCAUGGCCGACCGGAAGCGCGGGUGCGUCAUCAACAUCGGAAGCACCGCGUCCCGGAUCCCGUGCCCCCUGUUGACGAUGUACGGGGCCACCAAGAAAUUCGUCGAGAAAUUUAGCCGCGAACUGAACACCGAAUACGGCGGCAAAGGCAAACACGGCACAAACAUCACCGUGCAGUGCGUGAUGCCUGGUUACGUGGCCACUAAGAUGAGCAAGAUCGCGCGUACCUCGUGGCUGGUUCCGUCGCCGGACACUUUCGUCCGGUCGGCGCUUCAGACCACCGGGCUGGAACCGGUCACCACUGGUUACAUGCCGCACUCACUGAUGGUGAAAGGCAUCGAACUCGCCGAGAGCAUAUCCGAGUCGAUGAUGGCCCGGACAGUAAUGAACAACAUGUUGGGCAUUCGGGCCCGAGCCUUGCGCAGACAGGCCAAAGAACAACAACAGCGAGAAGAAGCACAGGCCACCGCGGCUACCGACAAAUAGAACGAACGGCCAUAAUAAUAUCCGGCCAUAAUAUGUACCAUACAAUCCGUGCUGCACCACCGCCACUAACAAUCCGUCAUGGACGUCUUGUCACUGCCUCGGACAUUUGCCGCGCACCACCACAUUACAGUUGUAUCGGUAGUGCGUUAAGCUAUGUUUAAGGUCUAGGAUUAAUAUAUAGUUUGUAAUAAAUUAAAUAUUUUGUUUAAGGUUUAGGAUUAAUACAGUUCAUUAUAAUGAAUUAAAUGAUGUUAAAAAAGUUAUUAAUUAGGUUUAAGGACUAAUAAAUCGUUCAUAAAAAACGAAAUAUUAUGUCCAAACAGUAGAUAGAUUAGGAUUAAUGUAUUGAUUAUUAAAUUAAAAUAUCGAAAUCAUAAUAUAGAGAUUAUUGUAUUAGGGCACAUAUUAUAUUAAUAUAAAUGCUCUUAAGCAUAACUACCUAUAUUAUGUUUUCGAUUAUUGAUAAUUAACUAUGAUUAAGGUUGACGCCAGACAGGCUAGACAUACGACUACCACAAAUUUUUUUUUCGUGCUACCCUAUUUAAAGGAUAUAUGUUUCAGAUCAUUGUUAUGUUAUUCAAGUUAAAUCCUAGGAAUUAUAUCCUUCUUUUACCACCAUCAAUCUGUUAUAAUUUUUUUUCUAAAAAAAUGUAUAAUAUUUUUCAAGAUGUCUAUAUUUAAAUGUUAACCAAUCACAUUCCCUUGACCCCGGAAAUAAUAUCGUGAUAACGACCGACUUUCUCGGGACUAACCCGUUCCUGAACUUUUCUCCAGUUUUAGUUGUUAUUUAUUUGUUAAUUUAGCAAUGCCUAAAAGUAAGCUAGAUGACUGUAAUAUUGUUUGUAAAAUCUAGUUGUUUUAACUUUAUAUUAUUUUUUUUUUUUAAUUCAAAACGUUCGUUAAAACUGAAAUUGCAUCUGUGAUCUGUAUACAGAAUAACUUUGAUAUUAUUUUUUUUUUUUAUAUUUUUUGAUCCCUAAAUGUAUGUUUUGUUUAAUUUUUGAAAGUCCCAACUGUAUAAACUUUAACAACAAAACUCAGUGAAGGUCAAUAUAAUUUUUUUAUUCCUUUGCUAACGCCACAAAGUACUACUAUGUGGUAUUUGUUGGCUAAUUUUAGCCAUAGUAUUUGAUAAGUCUAUUAUAGGUUAUGGAUAGUUUUGAUUUUUAUUUCAGUUUUUAUUAAUUUUUUCCUUAUUGCCCGUUUAAAACUCGCCAACAUUGUUAUACUGCUUACGCGGUGGUGUUGGCUAGUCUUAGCUAUGAUGUUGAUAAUUCUACUUAAUUUUAGUCAUGCCAUAAGAGUGUUUCAUGUUUAAGACAUGCCUCUGUAUGGCAUACGUUCUAAUUAUUUGUAAUUAUUAUUAAGUUAGGUGUAAUAUUAAGUUAAGUACAUUUAGAUACAAAAAUAUGGUAUAUAAUGUUAAGAAUAAAUGUACGUUCAAAGCAGAGAUAUAUUAUAUUUUUAUAUGCUUAUCUUAAGGUUUUA